CAUGUUUUAGGAAUGUUUGGAAGACCUCCAUUCCUACGCUAUCCGCUGUGGCGUUUCACUGCGUUGACGGUAGUAGUUUCGUUUACGGUGUCAGGAUUUGUUUUUAUGAAGUUACGUCAUCAGGAAAACAUGCGACGAAAAAAAUGGGAAGAGUUCUUCAAGAACUACGAUGUAUAUGAGCAUGUGAAAGAAAUUUGCUCACAUUCACCUGGAAUAAUGCAUAGCUGCCCCAAAGACCUCGCUUUGGCAUAUGAAAAAGCUGGAUUGAAAAAUUAGUUGCGAAAUGCUUUUAAAUCGAUUUUUUUAGUGAUCCGGUUUAUUUUCAUUAAAAUAAUCCAUUUUUACGCUACCUUAGAUCCAUGAAGUUGAUAAUUGUAUUGUUUCGGUUUUGAAACGUCACUGCUUUAUUAUGUUUAAAUAUGACGUCUGGCUCCGUAUUUAUAAUGCUGGAUGAAGUGAUGACUGCAUAAUAAAGUUAAGCAGUAAGGACAGGAG